AUGAGUUUCACCGUUGAAGAGAGGGGGAACCCGAACACCCUAAGCUACCGGCUGUUUUUCAAAAAUGCUGAAGGAAAAUACAUCUCACCAUUCCAUGACAUACCAGUAUAUGCUGAUGAAAGUCAAAACAUCUUUCACAUGGUGGUUGAGGUACCAAGAUGGACAAAUGCAAAGAUGGAGAUUGCCACAAAAGACUUCCUGAACCCAAUAAAGCAAGACGUUAAGAAGGGCAAGCUGCGCUAUGUUGCUAAUGUUUUCCCACAUAAAGGAUACAUCUGGAACUAUGGAGCCAUUCCUCAGACCUGGGAAGAUCCAGCACAUAAAGAUGGAGACACCAGCUGCUGUGGUGACAACGAUCCCAUCGAUGUCUGUGAAAUUGGGAGUAAGGUGUGCUGUCGUGGCGAGGUUAUCAAAGUGAAGAUACUUGGCAUCCUGGCUAUGAUCGAUGAGGGGGAGACCGAUUGGAAAGUGAUUGCGAUCAACGUAGAGGACCCCGACGCUAAAGAAUUUAACAACAUCCAUGACGUCCAGCGCCUGAAGCCUGGCUACCUGGAGGCAACCGUGGACUGGUUCAAGAGGUACAAAGUGCCAGAUGGGAAACCAGAGAACCGCUUUGCUUUCAACGAGGAGUUCAAGGACAAGGACUUUGCCAUUGAAGUAAUCAAGAGCACUCACAACUUCUGGAAAGCCCUCAUUUCACAACAGACUAAUGCUGGGGAACUGAACUGCCCUUACUGCUGCUCAGCAGAGGAGGCCAAGACAGCUGUUGGCGAGUUGAUAAAUGGUUCUACUAUGAGAAAAAAUGAUCCAGGAAUGAGGAAAGACUCAUCAGUGAUGGGAUACUUGAAGAUAGACAUCAUGUAG